ACAGCUACAGCGACCGCCUGUGUGCGCGCCGCCGCCGCCGCCGUCGCCGCCGCCGCCGCGCCCGAGCGGCACCCGAGCCCGAGCCGCGACCGUCGCCACCCCGCCGGCUCCGCGGACGCCCGCCCGCUGGGAGCUGUCCAGUGCUGAAGCCGGCGCCGACAGCCAAUCGCGCCGGCCGGCCGCCUCCCCCACCGGGCCUCCCGUGCCCUGCGAGCCCCCCGCCCGGCUGCACCAUGCCGCGUUCCUUCCUGGUGAAGAAGAUCAAAGCGGAUGGCUUCCAGUGCAGCGGGGUGUCAGCCCCCACCUACCACCCCCUGGAGACUGCCUACGUGCUGCCUGGCACCCGCGGGCCUCCGGGGGACAACGGUUAUGUGGCGCACUGUCUGCCCCCCAGCGGUUACGAUGGCGAGCAGAAGCCUGGGCUGGAGCUGGCGCCCGCCGAGCCCGCCUACCCGGCCGCGGCGUCCGAAGAGUACAGCGACCCCGAGAGCCCACAGUCCAGCCUGUCGGCGCGCUACUUCCGCGGGGAGGCGGCCGUGACCGACAGCUACUCCAUGGACGCCUUCUUCAUCUCUGACGGGCGUUCGCGGCGGCGCCGGGCCGGGGCUGGCGGGGACGCGGCGGGCGCAGGGGACGCGGGCGGCGGCGGCGGUGGCGGCGGCGGCGGGGAGCGCGCGGGGCGCUCGGGGGCGACGGCGGGAGGCGGGCACCGGCACGCAUGCGCAGAGUGCGGCAAGACGUACGCCACGUCGUCGAACCUGAGCCGCCACAAGCAGACGCACCGCAGCCUGGACAGCCAGCUGGCGCGCAAGUGCCCGACGUGCGGCAAGGCCUACGUGUCCAUGCCCGCGCUCGCCAUGCACGUGCUCACGCACAACCUGCGCCACAAGUGCGGCGUGUGCGGCAAGGCCUUCUCCCGGCCCUGGCUGCUCCAGGGCCACAUGCGCUCGCACACCGGCGAGAAGCCCUUCGGCUGCGCGCACUGCGGCAAAGCCUUCGCCGACCGCUCCAACCUGCGCGCGCACAUGCAGACGCACUCGGCCUUCAAGCACUACCGCUGCCGCCAGUGCGACAAGAGCUUCGCGCUCAAGUCCUACCUCCACAAGCACUGCGAGGCUGCGUGCGUCAAGGCCGCCGAGCCGCCGCCUUCCGCCGGCCCGGCCAGUUGAGCCUCUGCCAUGCGGGAUGCCCGCCGAGGCUUCUCUCCCACCCCUCAGUCUGCGUCUCCCCUGCCUGCGCCCUCGGUGGGGUGGGGGUGAACCCCAUCUUGGCCUAGAACUUUCUUUUCAACCCCCGACUGAACCCACCACUCAUUUCCUGCAUCGGAUCUCCCUUCGCACCCACCCACUUUGUCCAUUCUGGCCACCACUCGGACCUUGACCCCCAUGUCUGGCCUUCAAGGCUCCCAACUCAGGCACCAGGUCCGUACCUCUUCCAUGUCCCGGCGCUGGAAGUUUCUCCGGCCCCGACUCUAGGCUGUGCUCCUUAACUAGAUCUUUCUUUUCAUUUCUCAGCAGAGUCAUUGGCCAUUCCUCUAUUGGAGCCCUCAAUCCAAACCCAAAUGUACCCUUGAUUUCCUAUCUGCCUCAGUUUCCCUGUCCACACAGUCCAAUCCCUUGGGUCUCUGCUGAAUUUCCGUGUGUGUGUGUGUGUAUGUGUGUGUGUGUCCCCAUACCGUAAUCUAAUCUUCACCACUCUUGGAGUCCUCUGCCUGUCCAUUCCUGAGCCCCUCCAUGCUUGGGCCUUAGGUCCAGCCUCUUACACACACGAUUCCACCUGACAUUAUCAGUCCUCCCGGAUCUCAUCAGACAUCCUGCUCUCUCCAGCUCCAUCUUCCCACUAGUAGCUCCCAGUCCUCAGUUUUCCUAGCUGGGAACAGACUUGGGAGGCAGCCCAAGGCUCUGCCCUCUCAGGUGACCCCUCUUGCCCCAGGAAAGUUCCUGUCUAGGCCUCAGGCCUGGAGCUGCGAUUUCCCAGACUAUCUGAGCACUUUCCCUCGCCCCAGGACUACAGGUUCGCCUCUGCCUUUGCUAGAGAACAGCCUGGAGCACCUCACCCAUGGACACAUCCCCUCGUCCGGCAGGGCCCCUUCCGCUAUUUAUUUGUGUAUUUAUUUAUUUAUCUAUUUAUUAUUCUAUUUAAUCUCUUGGCUUCACCCAGGGACUGUCUGGCUUCCCCAGCUGGACUGGGAAGUCAAAGGGUAGAGUCAGCAAGGCCGUCCGUCGCUGGCUGCUCCUCCCCUUAUGGGUCUGGGGAGAAGCCCACCCUUAUCAGAGCCUCAACUCCUUAGGAAGAGAGGCCUGGAGAAAUGGGGGGAGGCGGAGCCUGCUUAGCCUCAGCUGGGUGGGGAGGGGCCAUCAGAAGGUCCUAUUUGGGGGCAGGUCCCCGGCCUUCUGCGCCUUCCACUCCUGUCCCAGGAAGCCCUUCUGGAGCCUCUCCCUUUGUUUCGUAUUUAUUCCUCUUUCAGAGGGACCCCAGGUUCCAGGGACCGACUGAGCCCCGGACCCGCUGGGGCCUCUGGCCUGCUCCCGGGAGGAGUGCUCUCUCCCGGCCACGACUAUGCAACUCUCCCGGGCAGAGGGGCCGGGACUGCCAGCCAGGCGCCUAUUGGCCACCACUACCUCCUCCACCGCGCUUUUGCAUGCCCGGGCGAGGACCGAAGCACACACCUCCGCGCCCACCUGCCCGGCCCCCUCUGCUUUAAGCACACGCCUCUUUCCACGUCCCUCUGCGUUCCCUUUGUGGGCAAAAGUCCUGGACACUCAGACCUCCUUCCCCUCCCCCUAGCCACAAAAGAGGGUGGAGAUUGCAGACCGCUCCAGGUUGCUCUCUAGGGUUUCGGAGGGGUGGAGCUUCGUUAGGCCCCAGGCUCCAGGAGGAAGUCUGCAGAGAUGGUGGGAGAGAGAGGGGUCACCAGAAGCAAUUUUGGAGGGUGCUGACCCUGUAAAUAGGAACUUCUGACAGCAAUAAUUUCCCAUGCAUGCUAAAUCUUUUGGACCCUCCCUUGCCGUACCCCCAACUCACCCCCCCACCCCUAUUCCUUCCCCACCUUCAGCAGUAUUACUUGUAACGCAAUUCAGGGAUAUUAAAGGGACUUUGGCCACUCA